UUUCUAAAGUUGAUCGUGACCUUCCGUGCACGUGGAAAGUUUGUUUACGUGACGACGUGACGGUUCAGUAAAGAAAGUUACAAUCGCCGAUCUCGAGGUUUAAAUAAUUUUCAGUUUUUGUGUUAAAUACUUUCAAGACGUAAAGAGAACGAAGAGGAAUAAGACAGCAUCUUCUGACGUCUAUAGACUACUUAUCACUUCAUUCUACCAGCGUUUGUAACCAGUGUGAAGCAGAGCGACGCCAUGGGAAAGAACAAAGGUCGGGGAGGCGGUCAGAAGAAGAACUUCAAGAAGGACCCCAUAGCAGUGAAGGUGGCUGGGGUCAGGAAGAGCAAGACGAAAGCUGUAAAUUCCAGUUUAAAAAAGAUUAAUUUCCAGAACAGGUCGAAAACAGAGAAACUUGACUCACAGAUGUCGGAACUUCAGACAGGAAAGAAGUCAGAGAAACGGCCAGCCAGUAAACCAGCAACGAAGGUGAACAUGUCUAGCGAUGCACCACCGCCUGACAUUAACAUGGCAGCAGAUGAAUUAUCGAAGCUCACCUCUUAGAGGACUGUUCACGUGGAUAUGAAAAGUUGACCGCCUCGAUGGAGGGGAUCUCUAUGAGGAAUCAGUGAUGGAGACGCUGAUUAUGGUGUCAUCCUGGA